GGGCCUGGAGGCCCGGGUCCGCAAAGCCGUGGGGAGGGAUCGAGGGAGGGAAGAGCGGCCCCGACUUGCAGGUGACUGCGCCCCUGUCGGGCGAGCGGUGCCCCGGCCUGGCGCCCACUCUGUUGCUUCUUGGCGCGCACUCGUGAAGUAGUGGCGCGGCGAACGUCUCUGCCCAGCCUGCGCUCCUGCCAGGACCCCGCGUGAGUCUCCCGCGUCCUGCCCCUGCCUGGCCAGCCUCGGGACGCCCGUGGGCCCGGGGGCUGCGGGGAACGUGUGCACCCCGCGCGCCGAGGCGCUCCACCCGGGCCCGGCCGCUACUGCUGGCUGCAAGCGACCCGGAGCUCGAGGACUCAGGUGUCCAGUGUCCUUUGACCUUGAGGACCGGGAAGGUUCUGUGCACCAUGGCUAUGACUAGUGUCAGACUGCCUGCCGGCGUUUUGAGAAAGCCAGAUGCCUGGGUCGGACUCUGGGGAGUGCUGCAGGGGACACCUUCAUACAAACUCUGUGCAUCCUGGAAUCGAUACUUCUAUUUUUCUAGUACCAAAUUAAACACAUCAAAUUGUAAAACAUUUUUCCAUAACAUUUUCUCACUGAGACUCCCUGGGCUUUUAAUAUCCCCAGAAUAUGUUUUCCCAUUUUCCAUAAGACUCAAAAGUAAUAUAAGCUCUAAAAAAUCCACUAAAAAGACACUGCAGAAAGCCACAGCUGAAGAGGACUCCGAUGAGGAGAGCCAGGGCGAGAUGAGUGAGCAGGAGGAGCCGGACGACGACCCCGGAGCGGCCAGAGACUAUAAAGACCUGGAGAAAGUAGUGCAGUCUUUCCGGUACGAUAUUAUCCUAAAGACGGGCCUAGAUGUUGGAAGAAACAAGGUGGAAGAUGCGUUCUACAAAGGUGAACUCAGGCUGAAUGGGGAAAAAUUAUGGAAGAAAAGCAGAACGGUGAAAGUGGGAGAUACGUUGGAUCUUCUCAUUGGAGAGGAUAAAGAAGCAGAAACAGAGACAGUGAUGAGGGUUCUCCUGAAAAAAGUGUUGGCAGAGAAAACUGAAAGCGAGAAGUACAGAGUGGUGUUACGCCGGUGGAAAAAGUUAAAGUUGCCUAAAAAGAGUAUGUCUAAAUAAAUGAAUUGCUUUUUCUCAA